AUGGAGGUGGCAAUGGCGGGGGCGGCGAUGGGGGCGCGAGGGGACGAGGUCAGGUGGGUGGCCUGGGUGCUCAAGCUCAAACGCGACAAGGUGCAGGACCGCCUCCUGGUCCUCGGGCGCUACCGCCUCCUCUCCAUCAAACGCUCCAAAAUACAAAGAGAGGGCCACUACUUUGACCUCACCCGCGUACGCGUGGGCGACGUGCCAGGCCUGGGCUCCACCGGUGUGACGUUCGAGUUCGGGGGCAGCCCGCCGUUUGUGGUGGAGGUGUCCACCCCGCGAGCGCAGGAGGUCUUGGAUGCCUUCCGCGACGCGCGUCGUGCGCUCGGCAGCGGGUUCAAAGCGGACACCCCGCGCCUCGACGCCCCGUCGAGCCAAGGAUGGGACCAACCGGACUUGGGUCCAUGUGGUGGCCUGGUUGAAACCUACGAGGCCUGGUGCAACUACUACCAGCUCAAGCCCAACCACGGCCUUGUGCAGAAUCUCAAGGACACGGAAGCGGCGGGCAAGGACGAGCUCGCGCUGUCCAGCUGUCCCGGCAUCGAGCUACGCACGGACUACUCCAUCAACCUCCUGCCCCUCUUCAGCGCCCUGAACAACAACACGUACUUCACCGCGCUGUCAUUGAGCUCGAUUGCGGGAAGGCGGGAGGCAGCGGCCUUGCUGGCAUCCACUCUUGAACACAACACCCAUCUCCAGCGAGUCACACUUUCAGGCCUCGACGCCCAGCCCGACGCGUUUGUGGCGGUGGGCACUGCACUGAAGAAGAACACCAACAACGGCCUGCAGGAGGUCGACUUUUCGCACAACCGCAUGGGGGAGAAGGGCGCGUUGGGCUUCGCGCAGGGUCUCAUGGGCCUCCAGCGCGGCCUCGUCCUCCUCAACCUCGCCAACAACGCCAUCACUCCCCGAGGCAUUUCGAGUGUGGUGUCGAGCUUGAGCGACAACCUCUCGAUUGCGACCACGCUCACGUCGCUCGACCUGUCAGCGAACAAGAUCGAGAAGUCAGGUUCGCAGGUGCUCAGCUAUUGGGCGACCAACCUGAAGGAUAAGAGCGUGCUGCGUGACCUCAACCUCGCCGACACGAGCCUCGAUGUCUUCAACGUUCUCAACUCGCUGCGGUUGGGUCUCAGCAACACCCUCACGUCCCUCAACCUGGCCCACAACAGGCUGGAGAAGAUCGGAGCGCAGGCGAUUGGACUGCUGAUCGAGUCUUCGUCCUGCCUCUCCGUGCUCAACCUCGCCUUCUGCAAGGCCUCGCCCGCCGACAUCUCCACCAUUCUCGCUCCCCUCGCCGGCAACAAUCGCAUCCAUGAUCUUAUCUUGGACCUGAGCGGCAACGAUCUCGGCUCGACCGGAGCUCAACACCUGGCCAAGGUGACUUCUUGUCCGCUCGCUGUGAGCUAUGGGCUGACGGGAAUCGACAACAUACACACCCUCAUCCUGCGGGAGAAUCGGCUGAAGGACGACGGGCUCCGUCUGGUCGUCAGCGCGCUGAUGCAGAAGAAGAGCCUUAAGUGUGUCGAUCUCUCCUACAACAUUGCCAAGAUCGGCGGAUCACACUUCAAGGAUUGCCUGGCCAUGUUGGCUGAUUGGCUGCGGAGCGGUGGCGGCGCCAACAACCUGGAGACCCUCGUGCUCUGUGGUGAUGGCAAGAGCUACGGCCUCGGACCCAACUUUGCUGAAUCGCUCCUGGCCCUGGGCGAGAACAAGUCCCUCACCGAACUCGACAUUUCGGGCAACAAAAUCGGCGACGCUGGCCUGAUGAAGGUGUUCGACAAUCUGCGCGCCAACACGGCGCUUACCUGGAUCGCCUUUGACAACAACGGCGCCGCUCUCGGCUCCUUGCAGGCCCUCAAGAACUGCGUCGCCAACGGGAACCAGACGCUCCUCACUGUGCGUUUCCCGAGCAAUGAUGUGAGCAGGGCUGCAGGCGGCAACCCGCGGAUGCACGAAAGACUCCACGAGCUACUCACCGAGGUGACGGAGGGCCUGCGUGAGAACAGGACCAAGAACCCGGCGCCACGCCCCUCCAACAUCCGCAUGAUCCAGGAGGCCAAGAAGGGAGCCAAUUACGGAACCAUUCGUCAUGUGCCCAACAAGGACCUCGACCCGAGUGCCUCUCCUCCCGCUCGCGCUGACUCGUUCGAUUCGGGCACAUUUGAACCCAUUCCGCAGUCGCACGCGCAGCCCGUGCCCAGCUACCGCGCUUCCAUUGCCGUUCCGACGGGAGCGAUCCCGCCUCCGCCGAUGGCGUCGCCCGGACGCAGUUCGCCUGCACCGCUGGCGCCGCCUGCCCUAAGCCCGCCCCCGCCCCUUCGCUCCUCCACACUCUCUUCCGCCUCUUCCGGCUUCGCUCCGCCCCCGCCACUCUCCCCGCCGCCCCCGGGCAGCAAGCCGCCACCGCCUCCUCCGCCUGCCCGAGCGGCCAGCUGGGAGCAGAGCGCCGCCGAGGAGUACGCCGAGGACGAGGGCCAGUACUACACCGAGGGCGGCGUCGACGACGGCUACAGCUACGACGAGCAGUACUACGGCGAUGACGCGUCGGCCUCCUACCCUCCGCCCCCUCCCGACCGCGGUGGCGAAUACUACGAGUAG